UUUUAGUAAUUCCAUUGUAAAUUUAUUUUAUUUAAUGUUAUUUUUUAGUUGCGAUUGUUAUAAAUUUUAUUAUGAUGAUACCAACAGGUGUUAUUGUAGCAGUAACCAAUAUGACAUUUAUUCUAGCUGUUCCUAUUGAUAUUCUUAGUAGUUUUAUCUUACCUGGUAAUCCUAUUGGUUUCUUAACACUUGAAGCCUAUACACAUUCAUGUCAAUAUCAAAUUAUACAUGUUUUAUUUGGUUUUAAAUUUGCUCAUUAUAUGAAGAUUCCACCUCGUAUUACAUUUUCUAUGUUAUUGACAUCUGUAAUAAUUGCUAGUAUAGUGCAUUAUAUAACAGCCAUAUAUCUUCUUGAUAAUGUACCAAAUAUUUGUACACAUGAAAAUCCAUCAUGGAAAUGUCUCCUUGUAGAAACUUUCUAUACAUCAUCGAUUAUAUGGGGUGCAGUCGGUUUCAUAAAGACAUUUGGUGUAGGCUCAAUGUAUGCUCUAUUACUUUUCGGAUUACUUCUAGGUGUAGUUUUACCUAUUAUAAGUUGGGUUUUAUGGAAAAAAUUUCCAAAUAUAAAAUGGUUAGCAUUUAUUAAUUUUCCAAUUAUUCUGGCGGCAACAAAUGAUAUUCCACCAGCAUCAACUGCUGCAUUUACAACAUGGUUUUUAAUGGGUUUUAUUUUUAAUUUUAUUUUAUAUCGUUAUGCACAUGAAUGGUGGGAAAAAUAUGCAUAUGUAUUUUCAGCUGCAAUGAGUUGUGGUGUAGCAAUAUGUGGAUUUGUUAUAUUUAUAAUAUUGCAAAAUAAUGGUAUUGAAUUUCCUCAAUGGUGGGGAACCGGUGGACCAACAAGAGAUGGUUGUCCAUUAGAGAUUGCAAACUAUUCAGGAUUUGUCCUAACUAAUAAGAAAUUAUAUCAAUUUAUUAAGUCUUCUAUAAUGACGAUAAUUACUGAUCUUUUUUUAAAUACAAGUGUAUGGACCGUAAUAUUAAUUGUUUUACCUAUCUUAUAUUAUAUUUAUUAUCGAAAAUUUCGUAUAUUUAUAUUUGAUCAACCGGAAAAAGUUACGAAAGGCAAAGUCAUUCGAGGCAAAUGCCCACCUUCGUAUCCAAACGGAUGGUUUUGGUUAAUAGAUUCAUGUAAUCUUGCUCGAGGUGAUGUUAAAUUUAUUCAACAUUGUGGACGUGAUGUUGUUCUUUUUCGUGGACAUAAUGGCAAACCUUACGUGCUCGAAGCCUAUUGUUCUCAUAUGGGUGGGAAUUUAGGGAUAGGUGGUAAAGUUCGAGAUACUAGUUGUAUUGAAUGUCCAUUUCAUGGAUGGGCAUUUGAUGGUGAAACAGGUACAUGUGUAUUUUCAUAUGAUAACCGUAAAGUACCUCGAAAAGUUGAUUCAUUUAAAUAUAUUGAUGUUGAACGAUGUACACCACAUAUAUCUAAUGAUCAACAACCAUCGAUUUAUUUACAAAAAAUAGCUGAAAAUCAAGAAACAAAACUUAGAAAAUAUGAAUGUCGAGAAAUGAAUGGAUCUAUUUUUGCUUGGUAUCAUGCAAUUGAAGAAUUAAGAAAUAAACCACUUUAUGAAUUAAUUGAUAUUAAAGAUGAAAUAAGUCGAAAUAAUAUGGAAGUUCGCGGUGAAUCUAUUAAUUAUGUCAAUUGUCAUAUUCAAGAAAUACCUGAAAAUGGUAUGAUUAUCACUUCAUUAAUUACAUUUCAUUUUGAUAAUAUUUAUUUAGGUAGUGAUAUUCGUCAUUUUGAUUUUUUACAUGAUUCUAUUGUUGAUUCAAUUUCAUUCAUUAAAUUUAAAUGGUCACUUUUAGCUGAACGUGCAUCAACACCAAAUAUACGUGAAAUAAUGAAACAUUCAAAUACAAAAGCAAAUGCUUAUAAAAUGCAUCUAUUCGAUAGAUUUUUAAAAGAAGAUAAUCUUCGUUAUAUUAAUGUUAUGUCACUUGAUUGUUCAUUACAUUUAUUUAAUAAAUAUGAAAUAUAUCUUUUUAAUACAACUGGUUUUCAAAUUGGUCCAUCAAUUGUUUAUCUUUUUCUUUGGUCACCUUAUUUUAAAUUAACAUUUUUUCAUACAUUAACACCAUUAGAAAAAUUUCAUCAACGUGUUGUACAUCGUAUUAUAACUUCAAAAUGGAUGCCUUAUUGGUUAUCAACUCUUUUACUUAUGGGAGAAGUUAAACAACUUUAUUCCGAUAUGAAAGUUUGGAAUCAUAAAAUAUUUAGUGAAACACUUAAUUAUAAUAUACAAAAUUAUACAGAUCAAUGUCUUCAUGCAUAUAGAAAUUGGUAUGCACAAUUUUAUGAUGGUUGUUAUGAACGUGAAGCUAAAUCACUUUUUUGGUAG